CAAUAUGCUCGUCGCACGUCAGGCUCAUAACCAGCGGCGUCUUGAGGCGAACUGGCAUAAUGUCUGCUUCUCCCCGUGUUCUUUGUGAACUUCUCCGCCGCAAAAAGGCCCCGCGACAAAAAUGACGGAAAAGCAGCAUACCCAGAGGGUCGAAUACGGCGCCGACGAGAAGGAGAUUGGGAUAGAAACCGCUGGCCAUGUCGAUGGCACGGGCGGCCUACGUACCGUGGACGCGGGCUACGAUGCCGACCAGGUCGAGCCCCAGUACGACCAGAAGGAAGUCCAAAGGAUCUUGAGGAAAGUCGACUACAGACUCAUUCCACUGCUCGGUGUCUUGUAUCUUCUCGCAUACAUCGACCGCAGCAACAUCGGCAACGCCAAGAUCGCAGGCAUGUACGAAGACCUCGAGCUCUACGGGAUGCGCUACAAUACUGCGCUGACGGUGUUCUUCGUGCCAUAUGCACUUUUCGAGGUUCCUUCUAACAUCGUCCUGAAGAUGCUCCGGCCAUCGAUCUGGAUCUCCAUCCUUUGCUUUCUGUGGGGUCUUGUCAUGACCUUGAUGGGUAUUGUUACUAGCUACGAGGGCCUUGUGACUGCUCGCUUCUUCCUUGGUCUAACAGAAGCUGGGUUCUUUCCCGCCGCGACGUACUUACUCACCAUCUGGUAUCGACGCUACGAAAUCCAGCGCCGCAUGGCUGUUUUCUACGCAGCUGCCUCUCUAUCUGGCGCAUUCUCAGGGCUCCUGGCUUUUGCGAUCGAGAAGAUGGACGGCAUCGCCGGCCUCGCGGGCUGGAAAUGGAUCUUCAUCCUCGAAGGACUCGCGCCCAUUGCCAUAUCUUUCACCUUGUACUUCCUCCUGCCCGACAAGCCCGAGACGGCACGGUUCCUGACCAAGGAAGAGCGGGAGUUCAUCGUCAACCGGAUUGCCCUGCACACCGGCUCGGGCCAGGGCAGGGUCACCAACGUGGACAAGAUGAGCUGGCCGUACAUCAAGGCCGGGUUCGCGGACUGGAGGAUCUGGUGCGCCGUCAUCCCGUUCUGGGCGUGCAGCAUCGGCACCUAUGGCUUCACGGCGACGGUGCCCUCGGUCAUCAAGCAGAUGGGCUACAGUUCCGCCAAUGCGCAGCUCAUGACCAUCCCCAUCUACGUGGUGGGGAUGAUCGCCACCGUGAUCGUGGCCUUCUGGGCCGACCACGCCCAGCAGCGGACCCCGUUCAUCAUGGGCGGCUUUGCGAUCGGGGUUGUCGGCUUCAUCGCGCAGCUGGCCAUCCCGCACCCCAAGUACUCCGGCGUGUCCUACUUCUUCCUCUUCCUCGUGGCCACAGGGCUCUACUGCCCCUUUACCUGCAUCGUGACCUUAAUCGCCAACAAUCUCGCCCCAUCCUCCAAGCGCGCAGUCGGCAUGGCGCUGCUGAUCAGCGUCGGCAACAUGGGCGGCAUCUGCGGCAGCAACAUCUACUUCUCGGCCCAGGCGCCCAAGUACCCGACCGGCUUCGGCGUCAGUCUGGGCAUCUGCGUCCUGGGCAUCGUCGCCGCGUUUGUGCUCCGGGUCGCGUACCAGCGCGAGAACAGGAGGCGGGACGACCUGCUGGCCCGCGAGGGCGAGGAGGCCAUCAAGGCCAGGUACACCGAGCAAGAGCUGCUGGAUCUGGGGGACCGGAGCCCGUUUUAUCGGUACACUCUGUGAAAUAACGGCCAGGAGAAGGGUCUUGUGUGUGAUGAUGGUGGUGUUGAUCAUGAAGGUGAGCGCGGGUUGAUGAGACAGCACGGUGCCCCUCCGUUGAGGAUGAGAUGGUUGGUGAUUGAUGCCAUUUUAUGCCAAGGUUGGUACGGAUAUGAGGAAAGUAUUCGACAGCACGACUGUCCGAGACACUGAAAACACGACAGCCUCUUAUCGCCAGAACAGAAUGAAACGAAACCAUCAUACUGUCCAGCCCUAGAGGUGGCAUCAUCUACAUUUCACAUGCGUAUCUAAUACUGACCCGCGUGCGCGAAGCCGAC